AUGGCUACCCGUACGCCUCCCUACACUCAAUCGCCUGCAUACAUAGAGUAUGCCGAAGGCGUCGACGGCGAAGGCAAACGCUGGCCUCGCCUCAAGAAGUUUGAAAUUGAAGCUGACACUGUCCUCAUCCCUCCUGGUGAGGUAUUCUGCCGCAUGGAACAUGAUCCCGUCUACAAGCCAGGUACUCUCUGCGCCAACGCUCGAAAACGUUUGCCACAGAACCUGGUCGCUCAUGUCAAGAGCCAUGUGGCGAGAAAUGGUUCGCAUGGCAGACUGUACCUUCAGGUCAGUGGCGCCCACGGCGGCGCAUCGACUGAUCUCGAGCGCGAGCGUCUCACUGAGUAUUACGUCGCGCUUCUCGGGUGGGUGAAACUUCCGGAUGGUGACAAUUCGCCCCCACCACCAGUCCCUUACAAAAUGGAAAAGCAGCUUGAGUCUGAGAAACCCCCCUUCACGCCCAGCAAACGCAAGGCCGCUCCGGCUCCGUCUCCAAGCAGCAGGCUUCAGGUCAUCAUUCCCUUUGGCAUGGUGGUGGUCCCUGCUGGAAAAAUAAGCAGAAUCAUCGACGAAGAGGGCAACAAGUUCAUCAGGUUUGACGCCAAAGAUUGUCGUCAGGCUCCUGAGCUUGUGGACGAUGACGACGAGGAGAUUGAGUAUAUUGAAGUGAAGAAGCGCAAGAUCACAGGCACGACCGAUAGAGGCAAGCAGAAUGACAAGGACAAGGAGGAGGACAAGGCAAAGCCGUCGGGUCCAAUUGGCCCUGAUCCCAAAACUGCCAACCCACCUCAGCCUCCUGCUCCCAACCCGAACGGCCCAGUGUCAAAGCAGGCUAUUGUUAAAACCCUUGCGUCCCUUGGUCCUGAGCAGCGCACGCGAGUAAUGGACAACUGGAGCCAGAACUCACCAGCGGAAGCUCAAUUGGCAAAGGCAGCUCUUGCCGUGGUUGAGGUUGGUGAGAAGGCUGGUUUCAAAAACUUCCCUAUCGAAAAAAUUGAUGACAUUCCUGACGAAGAAGUCGACAAGCAGAUGGCUGAUGUUUCGCUCCAAGCCGAUGAAGGGGACUUGGACAUGGACGACCUCAACGUGGAUUUUGAUCUCCCCAAGUACAAGUCAAGCAAGAGGGGUUCCCAUGAGAAGGGCGAUGUCAACUAUCAUGCCAUGAAGAUGGACUUCAAGAAGUCGAAGGGCGCCAAGGCCAACAAGGAGGGCUGCUACAGCUGUAACGAACGAGGUCGCGCUGAUCAAUGUGUACCUCGCAUUCCUGAUCGAAACUGUGAAGUCUGGAAAUGGUACAUUGCAUCUGCCUUGAUGCGCCUCAAGAAGGAGAUGAUCAAGAAGGCUUGGGAGAAGAAGGCUGCUCAGUAA